CCGUAUUUUCUCGUCACCAUCAUCUCUUUUGAAUUUCCAUCCCUCUCACAAGAGCGCUUGUUCAACGCCAGCACGACAUGACGAUUCAUACGCUACCUCUCGACCCUACGCGUCGACCUCAAACGGCAUCGUCUCCGGUUCAUCAAGUCCCUCCAAACACUCCUGUCACGCCAACACCAGCAUCUCCCGGUCUAACCGCAGCCACCGCUCCCGCAGACCCAUCUCCCACCAUCCUUUCCCAUCCGAGACCCAUUUCCCCGCGAAGGACACAGCAUGCUACCCGCACGACCCAUUCGAAGCGUCGGUCAAAGUUCACGCACCCAUCGGACGCGGACGAUGAGUCAGACGUGGGGGGAACGGAUACCGAUUCAUCAGCUGAAAUCGAAUCGAAAAUUCUUCCUCCAAGUGCAUCUGACCUUCUCCCACAUAAUGGUAAAACCGAUACAUUGGCGCAAUAUGCCAACUUGCGCGCAUUUGUUUCCCUUGUUAUUACCCCGUUCUUCCAAGGAAUGUUUUAUGGUCUUGGAGAAGGGACUGCCAAGGUUAUGCUGGGGAGAUAUUUCGGGGUAGAUCCGUUGAUAGCACUUGGUGGAGGGCAACAGCAGGGUGAAAGAAAGCAAAGGAGAGGAUUGAGCUUGGCUGGACUGUUUGGUCGCGGUAAAAAGGAAACUAUCGUGGCGGCAUCAUUGGCCGAGCCAGAGUUGGCGUUUGUAGGGGGUUUGAAAACAUGGGCCAAAGAUGGCGAUGAUGAGGUAGAGUCUGCAUCGGUGAUGCCUGGGUUUCAGUCCUGGCUACGCGUUUCAACAUAUGCAGCCGACACUGGGUUGAGAGCACUCUCCAUGGAAGACCAUAAUGAUGCUGCCGUUAUUCUCAGAUGUGAGAAGCGGUAAAUACAAAAAUUAUUGUGAAUAUAACUCUUGUGUUGUGUUGCGUGGGACAGUGCAAUGCAAUAAAGCAUUUCGUA